ACACCGUUUCUUCUGAUUUUCCGGUUGACGGCGCAAUUUGGUAAAAAACAAAACAAAUAAAUAUUCCGUCGUGAGGCCGCGCUGUGUCCGCUUGGACAUCAUUCUUCUCACCCGCCUUAGCUUCUCUCUCUCUCUCUCUCUCUCUCUCUCUCUGUGAUUCUAUUGAUUGAAAUCGAAUCUCGAUUCAUCGAUCUGCUUCGUAUCCAUUAUCUUUUCCUUUUUUAAUAAUGGGUUCCAGUUUUGAUCGGUGGGAGAAGGAUCCUUUCUUUUCUGCCGCCGAGGAAGUUCAAGAGUCAGCCGACAGGAUGGAAUCUACGUAUAGAACAUGGAUUCACGCGGAGAAAGACGGUUCUAGCAUGUGGGACUCCGAAGAACUCCGCCGUGAUCUUCACACUGUCCUUGGCACUACCAAAUGGCAGUUAGAAGAGUUUGAACGGGCUGUGCAGUCUAGUUACGUGAAGAGCUCAAGUGACGAUACAAGAGGCAGGCACCAUGAAUUUGUUAUCGCCAUUGAAGACCAGGUUUCAAAAAUCGAGAACUCGUUGCAGGUAUCCACUCUUUCAGAGGGCAGGGCAUCAUUGCCUUGGAUGCGCUUAGACGAAGGAGAAUGCAAUGAACUGGCAUCGUUUCUUUUGGGAUCGUCAACAUCUGAAGACAAAACUCCUGGGAAGAGUAAUCGAAAGGAUAUUGAGAAUCCACAAGUGACAGAUAAAGGUUCAACGCCCGAUUGUUCAGAGAACUCCCGUCGUUCUGCUGAGUGCAUGGAGGUUAGCGAAGGUAAGUCACAUGGACACAGGAGGACCGCUAGUGCUAGUGCUGACAUUAGUGCUUGGAAGAUUGUCGUUCCUGAUGAUGGACACCAGCAGAAUUUUUCAAAAGAGCAGACUGGGUUGCCUGUACGUAAGAUACCCAGUUUGUCAGUAUUCCCAAGUUCCAUGGAAUCUUCAUCCAAGUUGAAGUGGUCAAAGAAUGGUUUUAGGAAGUGGAAGGCAACGGAUCGCCAACAAGAAGCUGAUACUGCAUUUUUGCAAUCUCCUCAGUUGUCUAAGGGCAUUAAUGCAUACUAUGAAAGAAGUAAGAGUUGCCUCGAUGGUAGCAAUGAUUGUUAUGAUAAGCAACUUCAUGGAUGGCAUGGAGCUAUUCAGAGACAGCUUCAAAGGUCUCAGUACCAGAUGCAGUAUAGCCGACCUGUUCAAGUGACUUUUUGGAUUGCUCUUCUACUAUGCUUGCUUUGUAUAAAUGUCGGUAUUCCAGCAAUUACAUUCUUUUGGGGUUAUGAGGCUCCAAAUUAUUGCUGAAGAAUAAAAUGAUGCAUGCUUCCAUAAUGAAGAAUUAAUGCCUCGAGAUUUUUAGUGUUAUGUGCCGUGUAGAAGGAUCUACUUAUGUUCUUCAUCUGCAUUUUGUUGUUGGAGAGGCAGUAUUCGGAUCAGAGGAUCUCAGGGAAUGGCAAUGCACCAUGUUUAGGCUGUUGCUGGAUUUGUUGAAUCGUGGGUCGUUAUUCUUUCGUACACAAUAUAUGUCUUAAACAUGCCGGUCCUGGGUGAUUACUGCUGAGGGAACGAUCCAAGCACUUUGUAGAAACGCCAUCUCCCUCUGUUUUUUGCAUUUCUUUUUCUUUCCAAUUUUGAUUCUUUGAUGAAGGACAAACUCAGUUUGUAUAUGAUAAGGGGCAAGGAGAGACGUGAAAGAAAGUUUGCAUAGGUUUGUAAUUCAAAACAUGUUUACCUAUCAGCUACUUGAAGUUGUAAAAAAUACACAAAUAUUUUAGCAGAGUUGCAUUUCUGUUAAUCUCCUC